AUGUCGCCGGUACGGGCGUCCCGUCCUUUCACCCAUCAACCCGACAGGAGCGAUGCGUUUUCCCAAGACGUUCUGAAGCAAAAACUCAAGCACUUCUUCGGAUUCGAGAGCUUUGUUGGAGAGCAAGAGGUCAUUUGCAGAGCAGCUCUUCAAGGGCGGGAUUCUGCUGUCUUUUGGGCUACUGGAUCGGGCAAGAGUAUUUGCUACCAGUUGCCGGCCUUCGUCUCAAACAAGACAGUCGUUGUUGUUUCCCCUCUGAUCAGCUUGAUGAAUGACCAAGUGAAUGCAAUCAACCACAAGGUUGGGUCAUUGAUGCCAACGGGGAAGCGGGCAGCUGUAUUCCUUGGGCAAGGGAACAAAGAUCCAGACGCGGAAAACCUUGCUCGCAGUGGACGUUGUGCAUUGCUAUACUUGACCCCAGAGAAAAUAUUUGACGGUGGAUUUUUGAAUCAACUUGAGGCUCUUGCUAGUUCAGGACAGCUCGCUCUUUUUGCUAUUGAUGAGGCCCACUGUGUAUCACAAUGGGGUGUAGAUUUUCGACCAUCGUAUGCUUUGCUACGGAAGCUACGUGAAUCAUUCGACAAUGUUCCCAUCAUGGCUUUGACGGCAAGUGCUGUGCCAAGAGUUCGCGAUGAUUUAUUCAGUAUAUUGAAUCUAAGAUCUCCUAUCAUCAGUGUGUCUACUUGUGAUAGGCCAAACUUGAAGAUUACUGUUAGCAGGAAACAGACGUUUGCUGCAGAUGUAAAUUAUAUUUGUGAUAUUCUAUCGAAAAUGUCAGGCUCAGCAAUAGUUUAUGUUGCUACCACCGGAGAGGCGGAGAAGUUAUGUACUGCUAUUUUGCAAAAGUCGGAGAAUAAGAUAACAGCUCGUUAUUACCAUGGAAAAGACAAGAUGGAGGCAAGGGAUACAACGCAUCAUCAGUUCUUGACGGGAGUGAUCAAGGUAGUCGUUGCUACUACUGCCUUUGGAAUGGGUAUCGACAAGCCAGAUAUUCGAUGUGUCAUACAUUACGGAGCUCCCAAAACCUUUGAGGAAUACUACCAACACAUUGGUCGGGCUGGGAGAGAUGGAUUGCAGUCUGACUGUAUCAUGAUCUGCUCCGACAGCGACUUUUCUAAGUACAACGACGACUUCUACCUCAAUGGAUUGAGUCAAGACAACAAAGUGGCGGUGAAGAACUCCACGAGCUAUCUGCGAACGUUUGCGAUGGAGCAGGACAAGUGCAGGAGGAAACUGGUCUUGGACUUCUUUGGAGAGUCAUCAGCAUGGGGGGAUCGAUGCGGGGAUUGCGACAACUGUGCUAAGAUUGCUACGAAUGGGGCGAGUUCGAGAGAUUUCAGCAAGGAGGCAUCUGUCCUUCUCAGGGCGAUUGAAGCAUUUGGAGUGAAAAAUCCAGCUGUGACUGCAAUCUUUCAGUAUCUUUCACAAGGAGAAAUCAAGUCUGCGCCGUCUUCACUCUGCCCUGCACUUCGAGAAGAGAUCAGAAAUGAAAGGCAAAAACUAUCGCCUGUCUCUCGCAAGGAUGAAUGUUUGAAAGAUAUCUUGGCUUCAUUGAGAGAAAAGCAAUUGAUCAAAAUCUGUGUCGAGAGGUAUCAGAAGUACACAUGGGAGGGAUAUGCUGUCACUGAGAAGGGAAGAGAGUUCCUGAGGUCUCCCCGGGCUUUGCUUCUUCCGAUACCAGCCUUGAUUAUGAAACAAGAGAAAAUACUUGAGGAGAAGGUCUCAGAUGCGAUUCAAAAGUUCUCCGCACGAGGUAUCGCGAUCGAACAGAUUCCUGCACACGAGCUGAAGGAAGGCAAGGGGAUUGUGUUGGAUAUGCAUUUGAUGUGGAUUGCGGUCUUGGAGAAAUACCGAGCUCGGGGGCGUGAAGAUCUUGCAAAGACGCUGGAAGACCUGCUGAGCGCUAUCAUCGAGUGGAGAAAUCAGAAGGCUAUCAAAAUCAAUGUUUCUCCUCACAUGAUCUUUCCAGACCACUUGGCAAUGCGCAUUGCCUACUCGAAAGCAAAAAGCGUAGAGGCUCUGAGAGAAUCGGGAAUCAGGAUUAACGACAUUGAUGAGUUGGCCGACCUCAUAUCAUCACAUUUGAAAGCAAAUAUAGACAGUGAGUCAGCAAAGGAUUCUGAAGCUGAGGAGACGAACGACGAUUAUGACAACGGGAUGGAAAUGCUUCUCAUGGAAGAAGUCUUCACUACCAAGAAGAGCUGGAAAUACGCUGUUUACAAGACUGGGAGGGGAGGAACGAUACCCAAAUGGGAGCAAUCCUAUGAAAGAUUCAAGAAUGGGGAACAUAUUGAAGCCAUUGCUAUGAAUCAAGAAAGCGGCAAGCCUGUGCAGGCUGAAACCAUCGUCAGGCACAUACUAGAUGCUUUGCUGCAUGCAAACAAGACUGUCAAUCUCCGAGGCCUUGUGGAAUACAUGGGUGAGGGCUGCUUACCAAACCAGAAGGAAUGGGAGGCUAUGGAAGAUGCGGCAGCAGUACAUAAAAUAGACCCCGUCAACCAAGAAACUUUGCCGAUGAAGGAGGUAAUGUUGAACCAGGGAGAGGGAGAGGGGGAGAGUGGAACAGGACAGAUCGAGGAAGGGGAUGCUUUAUGCUGA